CUCUCCUCCUCCACUCCACCAUCCCCACCACCACCCGGUCACCACUCCCACCACCACUACCAAUCCCACCACCAUCACCACCACCACCACCAGUCCUACCUCCACCACGCACUACACCACACACAAGGGUGGGGAUGGCAACGCCCACGCGCACCAAUAGCGUAUGACCCAAAUGGACCUCGAGGCCACCGCCCUGCAGUUAACACCAUCAACACACGGCCGUGCCUGUGUCCCGGCACCUUCACUCCCACCGGGAAGGGCGUUCAAAGGUUACUCUUCUUUUAUCACUUGCAAACAACAACGCCUCUCUGGAAACAUAAUUAUGGUGGCUAAAGUCGUGCUCAUUGCACUAUUUUUUUUUGUUUGGACGCCGUAAUGAAAGAUAAUGCUGUGCCCUUUUCUACUAGUUCAUGGAAAUAUUCAAUAAUCUAUUUUUUAUCAGUGAUUGUGAACAGAUAACAGAAAAUAUGUCGUAAUUUUUGUCAAGAAUUUGUGAUUUAUCAGCAAAAGAGGGCAAGAAUGUGCCUGUUACUCAUUGCUGGCCCAUGUAUACGGUUCAUCAAAUGACAGAUUUCUGCAUGCCCCUCAUCAUUAUUUGUAUUACUGACCGGAAACACGGGGAUCACUAAGUGUGUAACUCUUCUUUAGGAGUGCCAUGCAAUGCCAUGCAAUCGAUGAAUAACCUUUGUACCUGGUUGUCUGUUCGCGGUAUGCCCACACAUCUGCUCACUGUCUUCAUUGCCCCGCCGGCAGGGGAGACACGCGAGUGGAGGUGGAGGGGGUGGUAAGUUGAGAAUGGGUGAUAGUGAUUACAGCGGAUAUUCAUCUUAUCAGUGCCGUCUCAUAUCUUAAUGAUCUCCAGCGUCUUUGUGAUUUAAGAAGCAUCUUCAAUACACAACGAUCCUCUAAAUUCGCCUGCUGGAAUCUUGAAGUUAUGGCAUAGAUAGGGCAACAUUUUUUUCUUAAAAUCCUGCUGAUUACUGCUGGGAUGACAUGAGAGUCUGGUCUGCUGACCCUCCCAAGGAGCCUUGAAUGAUAAGGCCCAGAGGGUGAUCAGCCAACAAGACGGAUUCGAGUGGCAGUGUGGCAAGAACUAUGACUGUGUCCGCUUCCUUCCUCUGACACGAACGUUUAAGAAAAGUUAAAGAACAAUCUCCCUCCCAAUGAUAUACAUAAAGUGUGACUUUAUACAAUAGUAGUUAACGCUGAAAAUUUUUAUAGUUGUCUGAUUACUGCACGUUUAGUCAGUACUUCCUCAUCCACUACAACAAGGAAUGUGAACCAAGAGGCCACACGGCAGCAGUUCUGUAUCGUCUCCACAAUGAUGUGUACACCAAAAUCUGAACAUCGUUGGGAAAAUGGAGGAUAAAAAACAGACGAAAUUUGUAAAUAUUUCUUAGAAGCGAGAGAGAACCAGUGAAAAAAUGAUUGAUAUUGAGGCAAGAGAUUUAAACUGUAACGAAACGUGUUGUCAAAUGUCAUCCGGAAAUGUGAUGUGUUUCAAUGAAUACAACUUCACGGACCGAGCCAACAUCACGUACCCUGAGACGUGGGAGCUGGCCCUGCGCUGGACCUACGCCCCGCUGAUCAUGCUCGUGGCCGUCCUGGGGAACUUGGCCAUCAUCAUCAUAUUGGCUAAGAACCGCCUCCUGCUCCGCACCUCCGUCAACUAUUUCAUUCUCAACAUGUCGGUGGCGGACCUGAUCACCGGGCUGGCCGGGCCCAUCCCCUUCACAAUACGUGACACCGCGUACUUUUGGGUGUUCGGGGAGGCCUGGUGCCACCUGGAAGGAUACAUACAAGUGCUGGUGAUGAUGGUGAGCGUGACGUCCCUGGCCGUCAUCAGCUGUGACCGCAUGAUGGGUGUCGUGCGGCCCUUCCACAACCACAUCAAGCCCUGGCAGUCCAUCGCCAUCAUAUUCAUCAUCUGGACCGUGUCGGCAUUGCUCGCUGUGCCUUUCGCUGUCUACAGAAUAUAUACGGUACACCACUGGCAGGACCUCGACGAGACGACGUGCGGCGAGGACGUGAAAAAGAUGCACGUCUGGUGGAUGAUUAACAUGAUCGGCCUGACGUGGCUGCCGCUCCUGGUCAUGAUCGUCUGCUACACCACCAUCUUAGUAUACUUCAGAACUCAUAAAUUUAAGGCUAGUAGAAAUAAAGAACACCCCGCCCUCACGCACCUGAAGCGGAGAGUCGUGCUUAUGAUGUUCGUGGUCGUGGUGGCAUUCACGAUCUGUUGGCUGCCGUUCCAGUUACUUAAGAUUUGCAAUAAUCUCUUCCUGGAUGACAACACCCAGUUCAAAAACGAAAAAGCACGAAGGAGCCACGACAUCCUCCUCACGCUCUCCCACUACAUGAUGUACACCAACGCGGCCAUCAACCCCAUCAUCUACGCCCUCAUGCACCAGACCUUCCGACGGGCCUUCCGCGUCACCUUCCCUUGCUUCUAUAACCAUAAGUCGAUGUUCGUGCUGACGCGUGGCGAGGGCCGCCAGAACUACGUGUGGUCCAUGCGCUCCACCUCCAUCGCGUACAACAACGUGAUGUCCAUGGGCAGGGAUCAUCUCUCAGACAGGAGCCGGAGAGCAAGGGAGCACACGCCCACCGCAGUCGUCUGCUCAGCCGCUCUCGCAGCUUCCAUCGUCAUCGAGCCAAUCAUGGAGGAAAAUAUGGAAGGAAACUCUGAGCAAGAUUCCGGACAAACUCAACUGCCGGAUUCUCACGUCGUAUCCGCGAACACCGAGUUGAGGGGUUCACCGCCCGCUCCUCGGAGUCCGUCCCUGGGCAACGAGCGGUACGUGCGGGAUUUGGUGCCGCGGCGGAUACCCAUCGUCAGCACGGGGGCGUUGGGCCACCUCAUUACGCAGGUCAUCGAGGAGGAGACUUCCAGUGACCUCGAGAGUGAAAGAAUUUUAUAACGUGGUCUUGAUGACGGUGCAUUUUCCUGACGAGUGCGACGUAAAAUAAAGAAAAAAUGAAGUUUAUCUCAACACAAACUGUGCCACCAUUACUAUAAUGGUGCGCGUGAUUUAGUGAAGGCUGAUGGAAAUGCGUAGACUUUCAUAUCAAUCUCGUUCAUUGCGGCGCCAUUAGCCUGUCCUUAAUAGUGGUGUAUCCGAGUUUGAAGCAGAGAUUGCAUGUACGUAACCUUGUUUUCUCACUCAACGGCGCGGCGUUGUUCUCAGGAAUGGCGGACCGGAUCUUGAGCAGCAGCAGAAGAAGACACCUUCCCAAGGUGUUUGGACAACGCUUGAUGAUAGUUUACCUUUCGCCUAACAAGGAUGGCCUGGCUCUCAGUCAGGAGAAUAAUGUGUUAUAUUCUGAAAAUUUGGGCUCUUGAGAAUGUCUGGCAGGAUGGACCAGGAAGGUUUUGAUCGGUGUUCACAAAUCCUGUUGAGUACGAGGAACAAACAAAAUAUUUGUCAUAUUUCCCGUGUAAUUCUAUAUUUUUCUACUUUCAUAUCUAAGGUUGUCAUGAUUUGUAUUUCGUUUUCUUUGUAAUGCUACAGUUUACAUUAAUUAUGAAAACGCGACCCAAACACAUGUGUCACACAGUGCAUAGGCCUGUAGCUUAACUUUCUUAAGGUUUAAGGUUGCCGUUUACAUGAAGUGGCGUUGUUUUUUGUAAAAAUAUGAACAUCUGCUCUUGUUGUGUAAAUAAAUUGUGU